UGAGGAAGCAGCGCGAGAUGGAGCUGGACUCGGUGCGGGCCCGCACCGCCGAGGUGCCUGACUCGCAGAGCACGCCGAGCGCAGCGACGGCACAACCCGGCAGAGACGGGCCCAGCAGUAGCGGCGGCAAUAACGGGAGCGGCAGCAGCAGCAGCAGCGGUGCCGUGAAUGCCCCCAGCAGACCUGUCGCCCAACCGAGAGAACCGGAGAGAAACGAGCCGGAGGACGAACAUAGCCCCGGGGAGCUCGGAGCCACGGGCGAGCGGCGGGCUGAGCGGGUAUCGGCGCGACAGUGGACCGUGCCGGAACACUUUGUUUGGGAGGAGUACGAUUCCGGCAUGGACACGGGGAGGGCAGCAACGUCCCCACAAAGUGAGGCAUAUGGUGCAAGUCCCAGAGAAGGAGGCUUUAAUUGGCCACCUGCUGUGCAGAGGACGGCCAAUCGGGAUGUGCCAGAAGAGGGUGGCAACCAAACAGUGGUCAUGUCGGCGAUGGCCACGGCUCGGCAGCUGCACCCCCCGGGCUUCUCGGACCGCAGCCCGUCAUCGACUCGCGGGCAACCGCAUGCCCCGACCGCCGAGCCGGAGAGGAGACGACCGUCACCCGCUACGGAGCCUCGCACGGUGCUGCCUCCGCGGGGGGUGCUGCAGCAGCCACCGCCCGGGCACUCCGCGGUCGACGGCAGCGGUGGGCGGCUGCGGGAGCAGCAGGACGAUUCCUACGCCGCCGAGAAUCUCCGCAAACUCUCGCUGCACUUCCACGGCAGGCCACCAGUCGACGGGCAGGCCGCACCUCGCCACGUCGCCAGCCCGGUCAAGCCGCAGGGCCCCAGGUGGCUCGCGUGACCUUGCCGGUGGCGCGGCUAGCAGACCCCCGGGGCCGAGCACGGCUCACCGGAUGGGGCCGGCAGACGACGGCGCUUCCGCUGGGCAGCGCUUGCACGUCCUGCCGGUGCAGUGGGAGGCGCCUCGCGAUAGAGUCCCAGACAGUAACGAGGAUCGCAGAGCGCCACAUGGGGGUCGCCAUGCCUUGCCCGAAGACACGCUUCCCGCCGGGCCGCUGAGCCACGACACGUGGAUGCCGGACGUCGACGUCGACCGCUCCCCUGCCAAGCGCUCCCUCUCCACCCCAGUGCUGUCGCCCACCGCGGAUGACGUGGGAGCGUACGGCGUGACGUACACGCAGGAGGGCGGCGCGUCUCACGCGUACGAUUACGCGCCUCGGGCUUCGCCGGGCGGCGGCGGCGGGGGCGGUCGUGUUCCUCCAUCGUUGGCCGGCUACGGCAACGUGCGUGCCGCCCCACCGGGGAGGGGGGGACAGGCACCGCGCUCGGCCGUCCCGUUUGUCCCGCACAGCGAGUCUCUGCCAGGGAGAAUGAGCGCGAACCACGCAGACAACUACGCCGACUACCGGCAGCGGCCGCCGAGCCAGCGGACGGGCCCGGGGGGGGAGGCAAGCACGCAGCCCUCGCCGACGUACAGUGUCGGGCGCGUGUCGCAGGUGCGCCCCGUCGACGCCGCCGAGAUGCGCGCCCGUGUCCUCGACCACUACUACGCCACGCGCACACUGGGGCGCGGCUCUCGCCAGGUGCCUCCGUCACCCACGCAGGCGCAUGGGCGCAUCUACGAGUACGAUGACUCCCCCCCGCAGGCUUCCCCCACGUCGCCGUGCAGCCUCGGCGGAGUCUCGCCCAGGGCCUGGCGCGGGGAGUUUGCCUACCCCGGCAGGGACGUCGUGCACGUCGGUGGCCAGGCCCAGCAGAAAGUGCCGGGGCAAGCAAUGUUGGGCCGCGGAGGAUUCACCGAUGGUUCAGAGUGGUCGACGGCGGUUGUGCGUUCGCGGCAAGACGUCCCUCCAAGCUCCGCCCGUUUAGAGUUGCCGCACCACGGUUAUAACAACACCAGCAGCACCCUCCCACGCAGCAUUCCGCAGACUCCAUUCAGGCAGGACAUGCGACUGGAGGCCAGGUCUCUGCCGCGUGAGGUAGCCUCGUCCGUAAGCCUCUCCUCGCUUCUUCUAAACAACCACCACCAGCGCCAGCAGUACAAGCAUCAGCAGCCCCAGCCCUCAACGCGGAGCCCCUCGCUUGGUGCGCAUGCCCUCGCUGUGCUGGAGAGGAGAAGCCGCGAGCAGCAGCUCGUGGCGCGGCGUGAAGUGCCCCCGAGUGGCAACCCGCUUGUCCUGUCACCCGCUGACGGUUUGGCACGCGGCCCCGGGCGAAUGGACGUGCCCCCCGACCGGGAGUCGCUCCUUAUGUCGCCGCUCGCCGAUUUUCCCAGGAGCUGGCGGUUGCCGGCACGCGUGGACGUGCCUCCGGACGAGGACUCUCUCCGUGCGCUCGCGGCGACGUCAUCGCCCCCCGUACAGCCGCGCUACGCCGAGCUGGGCCACAGGCACCCGGCGUUUUCGUACGAUGAGGAGUGGGCGCGAGUGUCGGCCACACUGCCAUCGCGUGGACGGCGAAACGCGUCGGAUAGCGGCGCUUACGCCGACACGGUUUCCUACGCCGACCCUUACGCGUACUCUGGCCCGGCCAGUGCCGGUGCUGCCGAGUUCCGGCAAGGUGUCAUGCCGGGAUCGCUGUCCUCGGCCAGCCUGAUUGAGUCCGCCAAGCUUGCCUACCCACGUCGCUGAAAGGCUCAGCGCAGCAGCCUUUUGGGUUGUGCUUAAUACACAAUUCAAUGUUUUUAAAUUGCUUUGGCUUUGUUACAUUUUCGAGCCCAAGUCGCUUCCUGUAAUGGGAUUCAAUUUGGUUUGGCAGUGCGCGUGCAUUUCAUUUAUCUGAAUUGGCCAACUUCCGCCACAAAAACUGCUGGCCUUGUCAAAGAUAAUGUAACUUAUUGCAAGUUUCUGUUCAUGAUGAUGCCACUUCAUGUGCUGUGCACAUUUCCGUGGCUUCCUGAUGUUGCCCGCUACGUUGCAAAGUUCCAUUGAAAUGUCAGUAGUGGGAAGAUUCUUUUCCAGUUUUUGAGGCUGCCUUACUCUGUUGAAUCCUCAUUUGGAUGUAUUACUUUUAUUUGCUUUGUAAACUAAUGUUGUUUCCGAAUGCUGCGCUCCAUUGAAUAGAAUGCCGUAGUUUUCCUACUACAACAUUUACAGACACUAUGAAUACCAUGCUGCCCUCAUUACUGUUGCGAAAUGCAAAAUCCACUACAUGUCACGUUGCAGUGGUUAGCUGUUUAAAGGAGAGUUGUGGUCACUUUGUUUUGCACGGUUUUAGGUUUUUUUACACUUACUUUUUGAUAGGUGUUAGCAUAUAAUACUGUAUUUUCUAUGUACAUCUACAAACACUAUUUUUACAUUGGCGUAUAUGAAAUGUAUUGCAUACACGUAAAGCUUAAUAUGCUGAUUAUUAGUGAGCUUCAUUUUCAGCAACGUAGCAGAGUGUUUAUGAAAACUUCUAUCUUGUAUUUGACUUAGUUGCACAACAUUUUUUAUGCGCUUUGGUGUCUUGUCAAGGCAAAACUUUUUCAGUAUUUCAGCAGCAACAAACAAAACGUUUAUGCACGCAUACGAGCCAAAGGAAAUCGCGUCGUUGAUUUAACGGAUGCAAGCCUUUAUGCAGACUCAAGCGGGAUGCAAGUGAUGCCGAGGUUCAAACUGUUAUCCUGUCAUCGCACACAAAAGCCUUGAAGUUGCUGUGUAUAUUUUUGUCAAAUGUCUGUCACCUUGCAGAGGGGGGGGGGCAUGUGGCUGUAAUUUUUGUUGUUGUUGUUGUCGUGCAGCCGAGUGACACACCUGAAAACCCAAGUGGAAUUGCAAUCGUGGAUACAGCCCCAUUGGGCAAUUCGAGUACCACCUUUCAGGUCCACACAAUGCCGAUGGGCCUUUUAAGUAAGCUCAUCCAUGCGGGGAGAAAUCGGUUCAAGGAUCACGUAGCCCAAACAUUAAACGGUCCUCAUUUCACAGAUAUCCACUGAGGCCUGUAUGGUUCCGGCUUGUCGGACUCACGUGUGCUGCGAUGUCACGGUUCUAGUCACAUGACCGGCCGAAGCAUCGUCUUCCUGUCGGAAGCGCUUUGUUCUGUUUUGUGCUGCGUCUUUAAACGUGAUGAUGGUCCUGGUCGCAUGUCAACUGAACAGACAGUGAGGGGGCACCGGUUCCAUAUAAAUGGCGUUGUUUCACCGUUCUCACGGCUUCAACCGUUUACACACACACACGAGUUCAGCUGUGAAUCCACCACAAGUGCCGAUGUUGCAGACUGGUGACUUGUUCGCAAUGAGGACUUGAAAAUAAAUGUGCGCGAGUUUAAUGGACAAUAAUAAUAAUAAUAGUGGGGUGGGGGUGGGGGAUGGGGGAGACGCAUUGAAACGACACUCAGGCUUCAGAUUGAGAUGAAGACUUUCAUUGUGAUGUAAUAUCUUUGUUCUGUGGAAUUCUUGUUCCUUGUUAUGUAGAUAUAAUUGUUUUAGAUAUUUACAUGUCAAAAGUUACGUGUACGGAUUUGAUAAUUUGUCAGUUGGCACAAGGUUAGCAAAUGGAACAUUUACUGGAAUUAGCUGAAAAUCUGUGGCUAUAUUGUCAAUAAUAUUACCCGUUGACCACUGUGUGACAAGUUGCUACAUUUCUCUGCGUCCACACUGUUUUCUUGUUCCGAUAGAACGUUAACGGUCAGCAUUCAAUUUUGUGAAUUUCAAUUACACCACUGGAAUUAAAUGCCGUGUGUGGGAUGUCCAGUCGUUGGUCCUGCGAAUGUUCUACGUGGGAGGGAAAAGAUUGACACGCAUGGAAUGAUCACAGCAGUGCGGCCUUUGCACGAAGUGAACAUACGUGGUUGCAUAAGAGGGAGUUCAAGUGUCAGUGUUGGUUGAUCUUGUAUUGGUCUGUGAUUAAGGGAGCCUUGUAUAAUUGCGCCGUCUGAUGGAUGGUCCAUAUUGAUGCUGUUUCGAUGCCACAGGAUUUAUAGACAGAGUGGUUUUACUGCUCAUGUUGGGAGGUGUUUUUGAUUUCCUAGCAGCCUUGCGGACACACUGGGAGGGGUGGUGGACAAGGGAAUUAUUUUAGCAGGCGAUUGGAAAGUGGUAAAGUCCACCUUCAUGAUGCUCAUGGUGGAAUUGUAGGAAAUGAUCAGCCAAGUAGUUUAAUCUACAUGGGCUAUCGAAUCUUACACUUCUCAGCCACAACACUGGACCGGCCACUCUGCUUGUGCAUUGGUCAGGGUUUGGGUUUUGCCUAAAUCCUCUUACUGUGCCGCUUCAUUGCUUUGCAACGUUUAUUCAUGAAGGCUACGUGCUGAUUUUACAUGGAGGUUUUUGCAUCAUUCACCACCUCCGACAAACAUUUUCUUGGUGCAACACUGAUUCGUUGCUAGAAUUGGCUCACGGCACGUUUUGCCUGCCCUGAGCAAGAUGCUCGUUUGCAUGUAUCCCCAUUGUAACGUGGGGUAUGUUAUGUUUUGCAAUAUAUUAUUUACUUAAACUGUAAUAGUACACGACAAUCCCAUGCAGCUUUGAAACCAAAUACUGGAUUAAAGUUUUGUUACCUGCUUUUUUUCGCCCCCUUCAUAAAUGUUUUCGUAUUUUUAGUUAGUAUUGUUAUAACACCACUGUUUUGUUGCCUAUUUUAUAAACAUUUUUUAAGUCCUAGUUGCUUUGAGUCGGAUAUUUUUUGCUAUACAAUUAUUUGAAUUGUGCGGUUUACUUUGUGCCGUUUUUUUUUAUAGUCUGAGAAGUGUAACCGCUAUAACGUGAUGCUGAAACAAAACAAAAAAAAACAUUCUCUGCGGUGAUAAAAAAAACCUGUGGAUGCUCUGCUCUUCGCCUUGUUACACCACACUGCGUCACUUUGUGUCAGACCCACGGAGCGCCGAAUUGUGGCAAUUGGCGUGUUUCGCCUUCAUGUUGGAAACAAGGACCACGUGCGGCACAACACGUGGUGCUCCGCCACACCGCGCGUCUUUCAGCUACACUUGCACCAGAGGUCGCAAACGGGUUUUGAUUCCUUACCCGUACCCGGCCGCACCAGGGUCGCAAACGGGUACCCAUACCCGGCCGGGUACGGGUAUCGGGUACCUGAUUGCGACCUCUGGGAUGAAGCCAUGUUGCAGGCGCGGGUUGGUUGAUUCUAGGAACUUGAAUUGUGAGAAGAGACCAGACGUUGGGAAAUGAGUGACAAACGGUGACUCACCAGUGACUCACGGCCUACCCGUACCCGGCCGCACCAGGGUUGCAAACGGGUACCCGUACCCGGCCAGGUACGGGUAGCCGGGUAUCGGGUAGGGUACGGGUAUCGGGUACCCGGUUGCGACCUCUGACUUACACAGAUCCGCAUCGCUGUCCUGAAGGAGUGGUUUGAAAUCCACCGGAAUUUCCCCCCCUUUUGGCACAAUCUGGAAACGCAGGCAGUUUCGUGAGACUGGUGUACACGUACAGCUUGUUUAUAUAUUUUUUGUUGCUUAAAACCAUUUUGGAUUAUUCCAUGAACCACAUGCCUACUCGGCAUUUU